UGGAAGCGCUCAGUUUGCGACAUGUAUUCGCCAUUUUGCUGCCUCGGUGUGUGUCUGUGUGUAUGUGUGGGCUCCUCUCGAUGUGAAUACCUCUGUAGCUCCUAAACACUCAACACUCCAUAUACCAGCUAAAACAACCAGUAAAAAAUGUCUGCACUUAGAGAACCGUAGCUACGCAGCAUGACAUGGAAAUUUGGACGACGUAACAUUAGAUAGUCUCGUCGAGCGUCACCGAAGAGGACUCGGAGAAAUGCAAGCUUGACAAACAGGCGAGUGGUUUUCCAUCACCAACCACUCAUAAUGAAAGCACCACUUAAAGAGGAGGAAUACUGUUGUCCUCACAGGAUUGUGUUUGCUUCUUCGGAUUCUCAGAUUUGACCACAUCCAUAAGACCAUCAAUAAUGAUACCUGGAUUGAUCUCCCAGGAGUUACACGAGCAGCUCCUGGACUUGAAGAAUUACCAGAAUCGCACAAAUGGGGUGGAAGAGCUCAAACACGUCCUCUCAGAAGUGGACAUUAAGUCAGUCCCGUCUGGUAGUAUUGAGGACUUCAUUAAGUUUCUUCCUCGACUUCUGGAUGACAGUAAUUUUAAAGUGUUGUAUGGCACCUUACAAGUUUUAAACUUACUCAUUCAGAAGCUAGAUACAAGUGUAGACAAAUAUUUCAAACAGAUGAUCUUAGUGGCUCUCAAGGCCCUUGGGGACACUCGCACCAUCACUAGGAAUGAAUACAUGAAUGUGUUUCGACAGCUGAUGAAAACUGUUGCACCGCAACAAGUAUUAGAUCUUGUAAUCAGCAGCUUGAAACACAAAAAUUCAAGGGUUCGGGAAGAUGUCCUCAACAUCAUUAUGUCAGCUAUGCUUACUCAUCCUAGGAAAGAUUUCAACAUCCCCAAGCUUUGUUUUGAGGUUGCACCGUAUCUGGCAGACAGCAAAAGGAAAGUCCGCCACGCUGCCCUCGAGCUGUUUGCUGUUUUUGACUAUUGCCUUGACACAGGGAAAAAACAGCCUCUGAUGAAAGCAGUGGACAUGGUUGAGCUCAAUGAGGACGCUGACGGUCUUAUGGCAGCUGUGCAGGCAAGACGAGCAAGGCACAUCCUUCCGAAACUCUCCUCUGAGGGGAUAGUGGAGUAUGGCUUAGUAGUGCCCAAACCAGGACAGCGGAGCUCACUGCAGUGCGGCUCUGGAGCUGAUCUGGACUGGGUGAUGAAUGGUGGACGGAUAAGCAGUGCCAGGAGCCACAGAACUGAACCAGACUGUGACCGAUUGUAUGGCUAUGGCAGUUUAGGCUCCCUCACCGAUGACCUUCCACUUCAAAGGAGGAUUGUCAGCGCGGGCAAAGGGAAGAACAAACUGCCCUGGGAGAUGUCGAGUUUCUCAUCCACUGAGAAUGAGCAGCAGUGCAGUACACCUAAUGGAAAAUGCUCUGAACAGGUGGCUAGCGAGGAUUUCCUUCCCAUGUCCAGGAAGCUGAGCCCAGAGACGUAUAUACCCAGUUUUAGCUCUGCACAGCCCCAGAAGCCACAGUCCUCCAGAAGGAGGGAGUCCCCUGCUCGCAUUAGGAGAAGUGGAAGUCUCAACUUAGAUCCUGACAUCUUUAAAACCUCCAACCUCUCUGACCCAGAUGUUGUCACACCCAAGGGGCGUAUGCUCCCGAGGAACCCCAGUGUUGAGCGCACAUUUUCCCUCCCCUCUAACCCCACCACAUCCGGCUCCUUCUUACUGCCCUCCUACCCACUGGCUACACUCCCAGGAGGCAUGCUUACUCCAACGCUGUCCCGCCGCCAUGGAGACCCCUCCCUGUCUUUGUCCAACACCUGGCCCAACAAGAGAGAGAGCAGCCCCCAACAGAGAGACACCAGCCCCUGGAGAGACACGGCAGGCACAGCAAAGGACCAUCCCUCUAGCAGAUGCUCUCCCAGGCCUCUUCGAGCCUCCCUUGUGAGUUCUUCUUCCACUUCGUCAUUCCGCCGGGCUCUGAGCAGCACCAGGGCAACCCUCUCUAUCUCACCAGUAGUUCCUCCAGUAGAGCAGGCCCAGUCUCUCAAUGGUCACAGGUCCAAUGCUCCAGGCAGCCCUCAGAACCAACAGCUAGAAAAGAUUCUUCAUCUGGAUCCUGAUAGCUUCACUGCAGUGCAAGAUCCUCAAGAGGAUGAUCCUCUGGACAUGCAAGAGAUGCUGAACUCUCUGCGCUCAUUGCGCAACAGUGCAGCCAAGAAGAGGGCUAAAGUGAGUCUUAGCAGUCCAGAUCCAGACAGCCCCGACUCUGCUGUGAGGUUAGACCUGGGUCUGGACUCGCCAUCACUUACCUCUCCAAAGCUCACCAGCUCAGCCAGCGAAAGUGGUCUUUCCAGUCUGAGCUCGGUCGCCAACUCAAGCUUCAAUGGCAUCAAAAGCAGUCCUGGAAACUCUGCCUCUUCAGGAAUGAAACCUCGCAUUGCAAGAGUGCCUUCUGCAAAACUGAGGUCUUCCGUGUCCAUGGACUUCAGCUGCCAUCAAGGAUUGUCUCAGAGAAAUGAACUGUCGUCUGAGGUGGGUGUUGUUGGGCAGAGAGUCACUUACUCCAACGGAACUAUUAAAACAGAGGAGGAGACAACAGGACCCUCCCCUCCGUUGGUCAAACCUGCCUUUCGCGAAUCAGUCAGAGGACUGAAGCCUGCUAAAGGAUCACAGAGCCACAGCAGCAGCAGGAACUCACCAGGCACAGACAUGCCUGAAGGAGUCAUUGGAAGAGGCAUGUUUGGCACUGUAGUGUCAAGCCGUCCAGGAGUCGCCUUGUCACUUGAGCAGGGUGAAUCGUCAGCCAAACCCCCCACUGAUCCCUCAGCUGGCAUCUACAGCCACGCUCUGUCUGCAGUCACGGACAGUGAUGACAGCCCACGUCCAGAUGAGCUUAAGGAGAGGGUGAAGAACGCCAGGUUUGGCCGGGAUAGGAUGCGGCUGCAACGUCUGGAUCAGCAAGAUGGGCAGUCCGGUCAGGGGGACCACGCACGAGACAAGAUUCGCCACCGUGUCAGACAGAUGCUGUCUGAUUCACCUACAGAGGAGAAUAGAGCAUUAAUCAUUAAAGAUCUACAUCUAAACGGCAGCACACUGACGCACAGCAAAGCAGACCACCUCUCUGAUGAGUCCCCUCUCAGCCCCACCAGCCCCGUCAGCCCACCGGGACCCCAAAGCCCCACCAAGUGCUUCACUCCACCCCACCAGCCGAGCCCCCCCACAGUGCCGCCCAACCCUAAAAACCUCUCACGGCUUAGGAGAGCUCCUAGUCUCAGCAGAACCCGACCGUCGCUGUCACAUAGCUCAGAUGAGCUGUCCCCUGGCACUACGGGCCACAAGAAAAAUCUCUCUGAGCCUACCGAGCUGUGUCCAUUUUCCAAACCUGACUUGGCACUGACGCAGAGUUUCAACCUGCUGAGCUCUGAGGACUGGGAGAAGAAGAUUGAGGGUCUGACGUUUCUGCGCUCUCUGGCCCAUUACCACUCAGACACACUCCAGGGCAGGCUUCAUGAUGUCUGUCUAUCUCUCAUUCAAGAGGUGAAGAACCUGCGGUCAGGUGUGUCCAGGGUUGCAGUGUGCACUCUGGGUGACCUGUACACCCACAUGCAGAAAGCAAUGGACCAGGAACUGGAGGGGACGGUUAAAGCUUUACUGCAGAAGGCUGGGGAGAGUAAUGCCUUCAUCAGGCAGGAUGUUGAUGCAGCACUUGACUGCAUGGUGCAGCACUGCACUCCCACUCGUAGCAUCAAUGCUCUACUCACUGGAGGACUCAGUCACCUCAAUGCAGUGGUGAGAAAAUGCACUGCUCAACAUCUGUCCAAUCUGGUAGAGAAGGUUGGUGCUGUCCGUCUUCUCUCUGGGGGAAAAGAUCUCACUGACAGAAUCUUACCUGCUGUCACCAAACUUGCACAAGACUCCUCACAGGAAGCCAGGUACUAUGGGCGUCGAAUGCUGUUGUCCCUGUCAUCCCACCCUGACUUUGACAAGAUCCUGGAGAAAUACAUCUCCACCAAAGACCUGCCGACUGUCAAAGACACUGUCUUCACUCUCAAGACAAAGGGUCUUGGGGAGAUGCCCCAAGACAGUCAGUCAGCCAGGGGCAGACGAUCCCUCCCAGGCAGUGGAACAGUCAGGGCCUCGUCUCUCACCAGGGAGCCUCUCAACCAGACCAACAGGGAGUCCAAUAGCCAUUAUAGCUGUAGAUCUCAGACACAGAGUAUUGCAGACAAGACUGAAUACAUCAAGCAGAUCUCAGGUCUACUCGGUUCAAAGGACUUCAGAGAGAGGAUCAAGGGAAUCGACCAGCUAGUGGCUGACUGCCAGCACAAUCCCAACAUGGUCAUCAACAGUAUAUUCCCGGUGUUUGAUGCCCUCAAGGCCAGGCUGCAGGAGUCCAACAGCAAGGUCAACCUGUACGCCCUUGAGUCACUACAGAAAAUCAUCCACUUGAUGAAGGACAACCUGUCCCAAGUGGUCAACAUCCUGGUCCCAGCAAUCGUGGACAAUCACCUCAACUCUAAGAACAAUGCCAUCUACUCCGCUGCUAUUGGAGCCAUCAAUGCACUCAUAUUAAAUCUUGAUAACACACUCCUUCUCCAACCUUUCUGCACCAAGGCUCAGUUUUUAAGUGGCAAAGCAAAGGUCGACCUUAUCGAAAAAGUUGCAGAUCUUGUGACAGAGCUCUACCCUCGCAAACCCCAGGUGGUGGAGCAGAAAGUGCUGCCCUUGCUGUGGCACCUCCUGGGCACCUCUACCCACAGCGGCACCAUUCAUGGCCGGGGCGGAAGCGUGAGGGGUGCUACCGCCAACCUGUGCCAAGCCCUUUACGCCCAGAUGGGGUCCAGCCUGAGCGAGUGUGCUGCCUCCCAGCCUGCCAACGUCCACAAAGGUUUAAACGAGUUCCUGAGGGCCUUAUCCUAAAGGUAAAGCCGAAUCCAAACACAACCAAAUGUUUGAAGAGAAGAACAUUAACACUGACCUUACUUGAAGACAGAGAUGUUCUACAUUUCUUAUAGUGCCUGCACUUUUAUAUCAAUAAAGAGAAAGUCCUUAAAAAUUAGGAGCUCUUAAUUCUUAUCUCAGUGAGAUUUCCUCUGGUACAGAAGCAUGGACAAUGUAACAUACUGACAUCAGGUCUUACACAUACUCAACCUGCUCUCUUUGCACUUUGAAAAGGUAGCUCAUUAUCAUGAUAGACAUCAUGAGUUUUACACUACAUACCAUCCUAUGAUUGUUAUUGCUUUUUUUCAUUAUCUAAACAUGUACUGUAGACAAAUCAUAGACACUAUUGCAGAAUGUAAGAUUGAAAUGCACAAAAAGAAGAGGAAAACAACAGGGACCUGAAAGGUGUAUAUUUUUGCUGUUUCAUCAAAUGUGAUGUGAUAUUUUUCAUGUAGUUGUUUUGAAGAUUUGUGAAUUGAGAUUAACAUGAAUAGUACAAAAUACUUUUGUACAGCUCAAAUGUGUAUUUGCACAGUAUUAAUCGUAUGCUGUAUGAUGGUACAGUUUAUAAUUUAUCUAUUGUGUAAUGGUUUAAAAGACAUGUUAAUGAUGUGCUGAGUUGAUACUGUUUUUUUUUUUUGCAUGACCAAAAUUUACUGGCAGGAUCAAAAUUCAAAAUUGUUUCUAUUUUUGAUAAGGAGAUAUAUAUGUACACUGAUGCCUAGAUCACAGUUGGGUUCUAACUAAUGCUCCUGGAUGGGGACAACAUGAAAGGGAAAAGGAGUUCAGCUUUACUCCUGUGGCUGCCUGAGAAACAGUGAAUGCCCAGAUCUGAUUGUGUCUCAGUAUAGUGCCAGUCUUCAAGUAGCCUUUUAAUUAAUCUAUUGUUAAAUUAUAUCAAACUUGUUUGUGAACAAGAGUAAAGACAGAUUGAUAUAUAAAUAAAGUGUUUUAUUUCUGUAAAA